UUGCAGAUUGGACGUCGUUUGUUGAACGAAGCAUCUACGGGAGGACCUCGACGCGCAAGUGGUGCGGCGUCUGGAGAAGAUGAUCAAGGACUUAAUGGAAAUAAGGAAAUAAGGAAAUGCCUGGCCAUAAAUUUGACGGAAACACAAAAAUGA